AACGCAGCUGUCGCUCCGUAGCCACGUAUAGCCGUCGUCCUUUCCUUCUUUCGUUUGUUUUUAAUUAUGAACUUUUUGUGAGACCUGAGUCUGUAUUUGUGUUCUAUUUUGGAACUUUGUAAGAAGGUUUUUAUGUAUUUUCGAGACUGAUUUGAUGAUGUUGAUGUGAAGUGACUCUGCUGUGACUGUUAUUUUGGUGUCUGUUGUAAUUCCAAGAUGAUGAUGGAUCAGGCGCACUUUGGGGAGUAUUUGCUGAGGCAGCAAAUGUUGCAUGCGGCAUCACUGAGUGGUUUGCAACACCGCGUCGGCGCGGACGCAGAGCCGCCGGCUUGUGAAGCUAGACUGCUUAACGGCGACCUCUGGCGGCGCUUCCACGAUAUCGGCACUGAAAUGAUCAUCACCAAGGGUGGAAGACGCAUGUUCCCAUCUCUCCGCAUCUCCCUGGGCGGGCUAGACCCCCGCGAGGAGUACUGCGUACUCCUCGAGCUAUCUCUCGUUGGUCGCCGGCGCUGGCGCUGGGCUGGCGGUGCGUGGGCGGCUGCGGGCGGCGCCGAGCCUCAGUCCCCGAGGCGGCUGAUGCUGCACCCUGACUCCCCGGCCCCUGGACAUCAUUGGACCGCUAAUCCUGUGUCGUUCAGUAAACUGAAGCUGACGAAUAAUACCAUGGAUGCGCAGGGACAUAUGGUGCUGACCUCCAUGCACAAGUACCGUCCGCGCGUGCUGGUGGUGAGAGCUCGGGACGCCGCCGCGCUCGCGUGGGGGGCGCCUCAUGCCUCCUUCUCAUUCCCGGAGACUGAGUUCAUCGCUGUCACUGCUUAUCAGAAUGACCGCAUCACAAAGCUAAAAAUCGACAACAACCCCUUCGCUAAAGGAUUCCGCGCGUGUGGCCAGUCCAAGUGCAAGCGGAAGAACCCUGACUCCGGCAGCGAGAGUAACCCUGAACCCAGCGCAGAAGCCAGCGAGGCCAAGCGAGCGUGUUCCGACGCCGCCUCCUCCUGCUCAGAGGAGGGGAGCCUGAGGUCUUCCUCUCCUAGAUCACCUCCUCUAGUGGAGUCCCCCGCCCCACUCGUGGCGCCGCCAGAGAACCUCACGCCACCGCCCGCACCAGCGUUCUACCCGCCAGAGUUACCCUACCUAGGACCUCUCCACAUGCCGAUACACCUCGGGCUCUGGCCGAGCAGUCCCAUGGCUAGCGGGUUCCCGUGGGGCCCAGCCCUGCCGCCGCCCCAGCCCGCGGCGCCCUCGCCCCCCGCCGCGCCGGCGCCCUGCCGACGGGUGAAGAGCUUUACGAUCAGCGCCUUGCUCGGCGAGGGCUGAUGCUCACAUUCACACAUUACUUUUGGAUAUAAAUGAAUUAGAAUAUUAAGUGUUCACCAAUGUUCCUUCGCGACUGGAGGAGGAACUUCUUGUAUGUAAUUUCGAGCUAUAUGAUUAUUUAAUAGAGUACUUAAUAUGAUACCGCGACGGGGAUAUUCGCAAUACCUACUUACCAUAAAUUAAUGUAAAUAAAUAUAAUAUUUGAAUAUAGUUUUAUUUGUAACGAAUAGCUAUGUGAACUCUAUUAGGUAUAUUAUGUAAGUAAAGCUACCUCGUUAAAAUAAGUAAAUAAUAUUGUAUUGUGAUAGCAGUGCCUUAAGUUUGUAAAGAAUGCCUAAAUUAAUAAAUAUACCUUAAUUAAUUUAAUUAGUGGUACAUGACAAACCUACUUGUGGGUAGGUAGGUAUAUAAAAGGUCUCGAGGGACCUAAUCUAGCAAAGUGUAAAAAUAUAUAGGUUCUCUUAUGAAACUGUUUUACCUACUUAGUUAAUUUUAUACUUGAUGUUUUGUAUAAUAAUAAAUGUGUUAUGUGAAUUGUACAUUUUGUAAAUAA